AUGAGAAAAGUUGCAUUCUUCAUUGCAAUAUUAUCAGUAAAUUCCAUUGUUCAUAGUUUCAAUCUUCAAAAAACUAUCCAGAAUGCCGUAGGACUUGGACCUCUGAUAAAUAAUUGGAAAAGUACAAAUAACGUCAACAAGAGCAGUAAUAAUGUAAAUGAUAAGAAUAAUAACAAGGGUGAUAACUCGAUUAAUAUCACCAAUAAUAGAGAACUUAAUAAAAAUGAUAUUGGAAAUGGUUUUGGAAACAACAAUUAUGAUGCAGCCAGCAAUAAUGGAAACGACAGUAAUAAAAAUGAUUUUACUUUGAACAACAGUAGCAAAAAUCCCUCAUCUGAUAAAAAUGGAAAUUCAAAUGGCAAUACUGAUGAACUAAGUGGGACCAAUGACACCAAAAACUACAAUAAUGAUACUAAAUCAAACGGAAGUAAUGACAAAGAUGUUGAUAUUAACAAAAAUGAUACUGUAUCAAAUGGAAGUAAUGACAAAGAUGUUGAUAUUAACAAAAAUGAUACUGUAUCAAAUGGAAGUAAUGACAAAGAUGUUGAUAUUAACAAAAAUGAUACUGUAUCAAAUGGAAGUAAUGACAAAGAUGUUGAUAUUAACAAAAAUUAUACUGUAUCAAAUGGAAGUAAUGACAAAGAUGUUGAUAUUAACAAAAAUUAUACUGUAUCAAAUGGAAGUAAUGACAAAGAUGUUGAUAUUAACAAAAAUUAUACUGUAUCAAAUGGAAGUAAUGACAAAGAUGUUGAUAUUAACAAAAAUUAUACUGUAUCAAAUGGAAGUAAUGACAAAGAUGUUGAUAUUAACAAAAAUUAUACUGUAUCAAAUGGAAGUAAUGCCACUAAUGAUAACACUAACAGUGAUGAUACUGUAUCAAAUGGAAGUAAUGACAAAGAUGUUGAUAUUAACAAAAAUGAUUCUGUAUCAAAUGGAAGUAGUGGUACAGAUGGUGAUAUGAAUAAUAGAAAUGGUAGCACCGAAGAAACAAAUGGUACAAAUGAUCUAAAGAAUAGUAACUAUAAUAAUAAUAAUUUAGCCAGUGAUCUUAUGAAUUCAGAAGACAAUAAUAAUAACACUAACGUUACCGAAAAUUCAAAUAUUGAAACUGGCGAAAAUAGUAGUAAUAAUAAUAAUGCAACCGGUACUGGUGGUGCAGAAGACGAUAGUGGUGAGUUAUCAAAUGAUGAUAAUAAAUUAAAAAAUAGUAGCAAUGGGGACAUUUAUAAUGAAACAAACAAUAACUCAAAUAACGAAGAAAGUAAUAACACAAAUUCGACAGUUGAUUCAAACGGAACAGAAAAUAACAAUGACGAUGAUAAUAAUGAAAUAAAUAGCAGAAACAGUGAUGAUACAAAUUAUAAUCAAAAUAGCGGUAAUAAUACUGACAAAGGUGGAAGUGAUAUUAUUCAGUCAGCAGAUAUGAAUGCAUCAACAAAUUUUCUUGAUGAUGAUGAUAAUAGCAGUACUAAUGAUUAUGAUGGUGACAAUGAUAGCAGUACUAAUGAUUAUGAUGACGAUGAUAAUAAUGGCAGUACUAAUGGUUAUGACGAUGAUGAUGAUAGUAGCAGUCCUAAUGAUUAUGACGAUGAUGAUGAUGAUGAUAGUAGCAGUACUAAUGAUUAUGACGAUAAUGAUGAUAAUAACAGUACUAAUGAUUAUGACGAUGAUAAUUAUGAUGAUGAAGAUGAUAAUAUCGGUAUUUAUAAUUAUGCCGAUGAUGCGGAUGAUGAUGAAGAUGAAGAUGAUGAUAAAGAUGAUAAUAUCGGUAUUUAUAAUUAUGGCGAUAAUGAUUAUGAUGAUGAAGAUGAUAAUAUCAAUGAUAAUAUCAGUAUUUACAAUUAUAAUAAUGAUAAUAAUUAUGAUGAUGGUAAAAGCAGUACUAAUGAUAGUAACAACAAUAAAGAUGCAGGUUCCUCAAAAAUUGCUUUUGCUGAAGUUAAUAAUAAUACAAAUAUUAGAACUACAAAUGAUAAAAUUUCUGUCAUUCAAUUCCCUAAUACAAUCGAUACUACAGAAAAUAAUAUCGAAGACACUGAUUCAAGUACUUUAACAAAUGUUCUUGAUGAUAAUAACAAUUCUAAUGUCAACACAAUUGAAGUCAUCAGUAUUACCGAAAAUUACAUCGAUGAUUCUGCUAAUAGUCCUCCACCAUUGGUUCCAAGUGACGGAUCUUUCAUACCCAUUAUUUUCAAAAAAGUAAAAAAAAAUAAAGGUAAAGAAAUUACCAAAAUUAAACUCAAAAGAGUAAAAGCUUCCAAUAAGGCAGAAGACACUCCAAUUCAAAUAAAGAAGGGUCGCAUAGCAGAUCCUUACCAAAAAAAACCAGGUCUCUUUCGGCGGCUAUCAAAUAGAGUUAAAAGCUUCUUUGGAUUUAGAAAAACAAAUAAAAGAAAUAAAACACCAAUGGGUGAAAACUCUUCAGACUCUAAGAAAUCAAAACCUGGUCUAUUUCGACGUUUCAUAAAUAGAGUCAAACGUAUUUUUGGAUUUGGAAAGAAAAAGAAGACCACUGAAGAAUCUAACAAUAAUAAAAAUUCUAAACCAGGUUUCUUUCGACGACUUACAAAUAGAAUAAAACACAUUUUCGGAUUUGGAAAAAAUAAAAAUUCUAAAAGUGAUAAUCGGAGUUCUAAAGUUCAAACUGAUAAGAAUGAUCCAAAUGAUGAAAUUCAAGUUGUUAGUGCUAUGAAUUUCAAAGACGCAAGUAAUAAUAAAGAUGAAGAACCAACAAUUUUCUUCGAUCUCACGAGAGUAAAUAAAGAAAUUUUAAAAGAUGUUCUCGAUAUAGAAAUAAAGAAAUGGAACAAUGAGACUUUCUACAUUUUUAAUGAUGAUCAGAAACCAGUUAAACUAAAUUUAGACAUGCCUGACUUGUAUGCAUUGAAUUUAACACAGGAUUUAGACGAAUCUACCGUUCUUUUUCAACUUUAUACUAAAAACAAUAAAUUUAGUUAUGAUCCCUUGGAAGUUGGUAAUGAUGGAAAAUUCAAUAUGAGCCAUUUUGAUCCGUCAGUACCAACUGUUUUUAUAACUCAUGGAUAUAUGUGCUCUAGCGAAGGACCCUCUGUAACCAUGAUUCGAGACGCUUAUAUAAAUACCAGAGACGUUAAUGUCAUUACUGUUGACUGGAGUAAAAUAUCCCAUGAACCUUAUAUAACUGCGAGACUUUUAAUACCUUCGAUUGGAAAAUAUAUUGGAAGAAUGGUAAAUUUUCUGGUCAAAAAUCAUGGCAUGAAAUCUAAUAGAACAACUCUAAUUGGUCAUUCAUUGGGUGCUCAAAUUAUGGGCUUUGUUGGACAAUUUACUUCAGAAAAAAUAAACCACACAAUUGGAUUAGAUCCUGCAAGAAUGCUUUUCAGUAUGGUUGACAAGGAUCAAAGACUUUCAAGUGACGAUGCGAACUAUGUUGAAAUUACUCACACCAAUGCGGGUGUAUACGGUUUUUCUACACCAAUCGGUACUUAUGAUUUUUAUCCGAAUGGAGGCACACUUCAAAACGGCUGCAUUGAUCCAGAAUUACGUGAUGCAUGCUCUCAUAAUCGUUCUUUUAGAUAUUUAGCCGAACAAUUGUUAAGAUUAGGUCCCGAGUAUUACGGACUUGAGUGUGAAUCGUAUGAAAAAUUUAUGACUAAACAGUGCACUAAUAAUAAUAUAACAAUAAUGGGCGAAUUAGAUCGUGUUCCAGCAGCAAACGGAAAAUAUUUUCUUCAAACAAGAGCAAAUUCUCCGUACGGUGUUGGGCCUAAUUUUAGAAGACUUACACAUAACUAUUUUCCAUAAAACAUUUCUUUUACUAUAAAAAUAAACGAGAGAGAAUUGUAGAAUUUAGAAAUAUUGACAAUGUUUAAGGUGGUGGAACAUUAAUAAAAUUAAAAAAUAUCAUAUGCGAUGAAAAAUAAGUGCAAUUGCUAUAACUG